GGUGAAUUGCGGCUUCUAGGAUUUCCUGAAAGAUCAAUCCUUUUGACUUUUGUUUUGGUGGGAAUUCUAGGGUGGAGAGUUAUGAGCUUUGAAGAUCUCGAAACUGGUAGGCCUUUGGCUUCAAGGCGAGAGCACAUCAAUCCAAAGCAAGACCCCACGCAAGCUGUUGCUUCCGGUGUGUUUCAGAUCAACACCGCUGUCUCCACGUUUCAACGCCUCGUUGAUACCCUUGGAACGCCCAAAGACACGCCCGAGCUCCGGAAGAAGUUGCACAAGACAAGGGUAUAUAUUGGGCAGUUGGUGAAGGAUACUUCUGCUAAACUUAAACAAGCUAGUGAAAUAGAUCAGCAUAGUGAAGUUAGUGCCAAAAAGAAGGUAGCUGAUGCUAAGCUUGCAAAAGAUUUCCAGGCAGUUCUAAACGAAUUUCAGAAGGCACAAAGGCUAGCAGCUGAGAGGGAAACAGCGUAUGUCCCUUUUGUUCCUCAAGCAGUUCUUCCAUCCAGCUAUACUGAAAGUGAGAUAGAUGUAGGUUCAGAUAAGAGUCCAGAACAGCGUGCUCUUCUUGUGGAAACUAGAAGACAGGAGGUGUUGCUACUGGACAAUGAGAUUGUCUUCAAUGAAGCCAUCAUUGAGGAAAGAGAACAAGGGAUCAAAGAAAUACAACAGCAAAUUGGUGAAGUGAACGAGAUUUUCAAAGACCUAGCUGUGCUGGUUCAUGAUCAAGGAGUUAUGAUUGAGGAAAUAGAUAGUAACAUUGAGGGCUCCCAUGCUGCUACUGCACAGGCAAAAUCCGAACUUGCAGAAGCAUCCAAGACCCAAAAAGCAAAUUCAUCUCUGGCCUGCUUGCUCUUGGUGAUAUUUGGGAUCGUUCUGCUCAUUGUAAUCAUAGUCCUUGCAGCUUAAAUGGCGAAUUUGUUCUCCAGCUAAGCAUAUCGUCUUGGCUACAAGGUUCGAUCUCUUUGCUAAUACCAAAGAAUAUAAUGUUGUUUAUUUGGAGAAUGUGGCUGACUAGAUUUACAUAGUAUUUAAACUUGGUCUUUGGGUGUUUAUAACCUUCAGUUGCUUGUUUUUUGGGGUUUUGGGUUUUCCUUGCUCUUUUUCCCUUUUGGUAAGUUGGUGACCUUGUGUUAUGAGU